AUAUUCAGUAUCUAUAAUAAGAAUAUAAUAAAAGUUACAAUGAAAGUAACAAUUUUAGUGAGUUGUGCUGUUAUAUGCUUUUCUUCAGUUGCGUUUAGUUCUUCAGUUGAUAAAUCCUUGAUUUUUUUACAAAAAUAUGGGUACUUAGAUGGUACGCCAACUAGGUCAAACAAAUUUUCUAGACUUAAGAGGGAAAACAAUUACAGCGAAGCAUUGAAACGCUUUCAAAGGCUCUAUGGGCUAAAUCCAACAGGAAUUGCAGAUAAAGAAACUCUUCUAGCAAUGGAUUUGCCACGGUGUGGGGUAAAAGACCCCAAUACAAGUAAACAAACAAUACAGAAAAGAAAUGCUGUUUUGAACAAACCAUUGUGGAAAAAACGAGAUCUAACCUACACAAUUUCACAAUAUUCCCAUCAUUUAAACAGAAGCUUAGUAGAACAUGAAAUAGAAAGGGCUUUCGCGGAAUGGUCAAAGUACACUGAUUUUACUUUUACAAAUUCAAAAAGUCAAAAUGCCGAUAUAGAUAUUAGAUUUGAAAGAGAUCAUGUUUAUGGGGAUAGUUUUUAUGGAGAUAAUAGUCUUAUUGCUUACACUCAAGUAAAUAAGGAUGGUAUGAGGUUGAUUCAUUUUAAUGAUGAAAAAAAAUGGAAUUUUAAUGGUAAAAGCGACAGUUUGUUUUGGACGGCUUUGCACGAAAUCGGUCACAUCCUUGGACUUGAUCACACCAAUGUGAUUGGAUCAGUGAUGUGGCCCACAUCGUGUUUAUCAUUUUCUGAAUUGCAAAGCUACGAUAUCCAAGCGAUACAAGAACUGUACGGCUUGAAAAAAACCCACGGAUAAAAUUUAAACUUAAAACAAUUUUGUACGGGUGUCGCGACAGAUUAAAAAAUAAUUUUCUUAACAAAAAUUUUGAUAAAUAUUCAGAUGAAUCUUAUUUUAAUGCUUGAUAACAUAUUUUUCCUGUAAAUUUAGGCAAAUUUUGUUUCUAAUAAACUAUUUAAUAGAC